AUGCCAAAACCAAAGGUUCUGAUUGUCGGCUGUGGCGCCGUGGGUCUUUUUCAAGGUUAUUUCCUAUCUGCUGGUGCAGACAUCACGUACCUUGUGCGUCCGGGGCGCAGGUCGGCCUUUGCCCCACCAAAACGCCUUUAUUCCUACAAGGACGACGAACUGUACACAUUCGAAUCCUACACCCUCAUUGAAGAUAUCUCUGAGGUUGAGGGAGAAAUAUUCGCAUUCGUCUUCGACACCCUCGACGGCUACACCGCGCGCUCAGAAGCUGGCGUCGCAACUCUGAGCUCGGUCGGCAAAUUGCUCAAUGAAGAACAGAACGCGGACUGCUUCGUCGUUUACGAUGCAAUCGGUUUGGAUAUCGAGCUACACUACGCCCGCACUAUGCGCAUUGCGUCGACCCGCCUUUUCUUCGCAGUAAGCUUGAUUGCGCAUCAACCUACGCCUAAGAUCUCAGUACCUGCUACUGCCAAUAAAGACUUGAUCACGAGGGCGGAUCUCCUCUAUUCGCAUGGACCGCCAAACAUUGGUCUGGUAGCCUUCAACACACAUCCAGCACUCACGGCGAAGCUGGAAACCAUCUACAAUGUUAACGGCAGAUUGACGAUCCGGCGCAUUCCUGCACUGUUUUCGCCUUGGGCCCCAUUACUGGGUAUGUUGCAUCUUAUGACCUGGAAUGUGGACGGCUUCGGGCCCUUCGAAAGCCUACGCAGGAACAACGAGCUUUGGACAUUGAUGCUGCGUGCGCAGGCAGAAAUCCUGACGUUGCCUCGAUUUGGUUGGACAGGGUGGUUCCUAUCUUUUAUUUUUGGUAGUUGGGCAACAGAAAAGCUCAACAUACCGUUGUUUGAGGGAGCCAAGCCGUUGAACUGCGAAGAAUUCAACUUGUAUCACCAUGGCGGCAAGGUGGUACAACAAGACUUGAAAACGCUAGAGGAAUUAAUCGCUGAUGGCGAAAGGGUUGGAAAGAAGAUGCCAGCACUAAAGGAGGUGGUGGGAAGAGCGAGAAAAUCCCAAUCUUCACAGAUCUUGUGA